UUUCUACAAUCUGCCUGUAAUUAUGUAUGGACCUGCUAUUGGUAGAUUGGUUAGCAAACAACGCAAUGAGCUGAUAAGAACAGAGAAUAAAGCAUUGAUUUUGAGUUUGAGCUUUACAGCUAGGAGCAGCAGAUGAAGGAAGCAGAGGGGCUUUAAGAUGGGCAAGAGGAAGUUCACUGGUCUGGAAAGCACCCUGAUUGCCCUGUUCUGUCUGGUGACUGUGGUGGCCAUUGUCCUCAUUGCACUGUUAGCAUCAGGACAACCUGGAGUCCAAAUAAGUACUGAACAAAAUGUAACAGAAUUUACACCAGUAUGUCCGAACAUAUUAAUAGAAGAGAGAAUUGACUGCAUCCCAGAUCAACUUGCUACAAAGAGCAUCUGCACCUUGCGUGGCUGCUGCUGGAAUCCCCAGAAUGAUACCAGUGUGCCCUGGUGUUUUUUCCCUAGUAACCAUGGGUACAAAGUGGAUGGGUCUCUAAGAUCAACUGAGACAGGAUUUGAGGCCACAUUAACAAGGCUGCCAUCACCUUCCCUCUUUGGAAAUGAUAUCAACACUGUCCUCCUCACAGGAGAGUAUCAGACAUCAAAUCGCUUCCGGUUCAAGAUUACUGAUCCUAAUACAAAAAGAUUUGAAGUCCCCCAUGAGCAUGUGGGACCUUUCAAUGGACCUGCCGCCUCCAAUUUAAACUACAAAGUGGAAGUGAAGAAUAAUCCAUUUGGUAUUGUGGUGACCAGAGUGAGCAACGGAAAGGUUCUGUUUGAUACUAGCAUAGGACCACUGCAGUAUGCUGACCAGUUUUUGCAGCUAUCAAUCAAGCUACCUAGCAGAAACAUUUAUGGGGUGGGAGAGCACGUGCAUAAACAGUACCGACAUGAUGUCAACUGGAAAACCUGGCCCAUGUUCAGCAGGGAUAUUGGCCCCUCUGGAUCAAUGCAUAACUUGUAUGGAGUUCAAACUUUCUUCCUGUGUUUGGAAGACAGCUCUGGAGCCUCUUUUGGUGUUUUCCUGAUGAACAGCAAUGCCAUGGAAUUUGCAGUGCAGCCUGCACCAGCAGUGACCUAUAGAACCAUUGGUGGCAUCCUUGAUUUCUAUAUCCUCUUGGGGAACACUCCAGAGCAAGUAGUCCAGGAGUACCUGCAGCUUGUGGGACUGCCAUUGUUGCCCUCCUACUGGAGCCUGGGCUUCCAGCUCAGUCGCUGGAAUUACGGGUCCUUGGAUGAAGUGAAGAAAGUUGUGGAGAGGAAUCGUCUGAUUGACCUCCCUUAUGAUGCUCAGAUUACUGAUAUUGACUACAUGGAGAACAGGAAAGAUUUUACAUAUGACAAAGUGCUGUUUAAAGAUCUCCCUACUUUUGCAUCUUAUCUGCAUGGCUUUGGAAAAAAAUAUAUUAUCAUAUUGGAUCCUGCUAUUAGCACAGAAAGUCUAUCUGACGGUAGUAGAUAUGACAGCUACUACAGGGGACAGUCUAAACAAGUCUGGGUUAAUGAAUCAGAUGGAAUAACACCAUUAAUUGGAGAGGUGUGGCCAGGGAGAACUGUGUUUCCAGACUACACCAACCCAGACUGUACCAGCUGGUGGGUGGAAGAAUGUAGGUUAUUUAAUGAAACAGUGCCAUAUGAUGGGAUCUGGAUUGACAUGAAUGAAAUAUCCAACUUUGUUCAAGGCUCAAGUAAUGGUUGUGCACAGAAUGACUUAAACUAUCCUCCAUUUACUCCCAGUAUUCUUGAUAAACUCAUGUUUUCCAAGACACUUUGUAUGGAUGCAGUACAGAAGUGGGGCAAACACUAUGAUGUCCACAGUCUUUAUGGAUAUUCCAUGGCCAUAUCAACAAACGAGGCCAUCAAGACAGUGUUUCCUGGAAAACGAAGCUUCCUGAUUUCGAGGUCUACUUUUGUGGGAUCUGGAAAGCACACAGGACACUGGCUGGGAGAUAAUGCAGCAACAUGGGAACACAUAAAAUGGGCGAUACCUGGAAUGCUGGAAUUUAACCUCUUUGGAAUUCCUUAUAUUGGAGCAGAUAUUUGUGGUUUCUUUGAUGACACGACUGAAGAACUUUGCAGGCGGUGGAUGCAAGUAGGAGCCUUUUACCCAUUUUCCCGGAAUCACAAUGCUGAAGGAUACAUACCUCAGGAUCCGGCUGUGUUUGGAGCUGAUUCAGUUUUGGUGAAAACCUCCAAACAUUACUUGAACAUUCGCUACACUUUGCUGCCCUACCUCUACACCCUCUUUUACAAAGCUCAUACUCAAGGGGACACGGUUGUACGUCCAGUUUUGCACGAGUUCUACUCGGAUGAAGUGACGUGGGAAGUUGAUAGGCAGUUCCUGUGGGGUCCUGGUCUACUUAUUUCUGCUGUCCUUGACCCGGGUGUGGAUGUAAUUCAAGCAUAUAUUCCUGAUGCAGUGUGGUAUGAGUAUGAAACGGGGGCAAAAAUAUCAAUAAGAAAACAGUGGACUGAUUUGUACCUGCCAGCAGACAAAAUGGGGCUCCAUUUGAGAGGAGGCUACAUUUACCCUACCCAACAACCAGCUCCCACGACAUCUGAGAGUCGCAAGAAUCCAAUGGGACUUAUAAUUGCCCUGGAUGAUGACAAUAAAGCUUACGGGGACUUGUUCUGGGAUGAUGGAGAAUCUACAGGCACACUUGACAAUAAAAACUACAUUUACUAUGAGUUUAGCGUUUCUGAUACUACUCUACAAAUGAAUGUCAUAAACAAUGGUUAUGUUGAUCCAAACAACCUGAAGUUUGAAGAAAUCAAAAUUCUGGGAGUGCUCCAGGAAAUAACAGGACUUACGGUCACUCAGAACAAUGAUCUGCAACCUUCUUUACAUAAUAUCACCUACUAUCCUUCAGAUAAGGUUGUUCAUAUAACAGGACUUCAGCUUGAACUGGGAAAAUCCUACACACUGAAAUGGACUCAACAAGCAAGUAUCAAUGAAAGGUUUGAUUGUUAUCCCAAUCAGAAUUCAACAAAAGAAAAAUGUGAACAACUUGGCUGUGUCUGGGAGCAAUCACCAUCAAACCCAGAUAGUCCAUCCUGCUAUUACAACUCUGACAACGCUUACUCUGUUGAUGGAGUAGAAUACUCCUCAUCAGGUUUGGUAGCUAACCUGACCUUAAACAGCACCAAUGCCAGAGCUAAUGACAAGUACACUGAACCAAUUGGUACGCUGCGCUUGGAGGUUAAAUAUCAUAGCAACCACAUGCUGCAAUUUAAGAUUUAUGAUUACCAGAAUGCACGAUAUGAGGUUCCUGUACCAUUAAAUCUCCCAAGCUCCCCAGUGAAUACAAACGAGAAUCUACUCUAUGAAGUAUCAGUUCAGAGAAAACCAUUUGGUAUACAGGUUCGGCGCAAAAGCACAGGGACAGUCAUCUGGGAUUCACAGCUGCCUACCUUCACAUUCAGCGACAUGUUCAUUCAGAUUUCUACCCGCUUGGCAUCCCAAUAUAUAUAUGGAUUUGGAGAAACCGAGCACACCAUGUUUCGACGCAACAUGAGCUGGCACACCUGGGGAAUGUUCACAAGAGACCAGGCUCCUACUUAUAAGUUGAAUUCCUAUGGUUAUCAGCCAUUUUACAUGGCUCUUGAAGAAGACGGCAAUGCCCAUGGAGUUCUCUUGCUUAACAGCAAUGCAAUGGAUGUGACAUUCCAGCCAACCCCUGCCCUGACAUACCGCACCAUUGGAGGAAUCCUUGACUUUUACAUGGUUUUGGGCCCAACACCAGAACUUGUUGUUCAGGAGUACACUGAACUGAUUGGACGACCAGUGAUGCCACCCUACUGGUCCUUGGGAUUCCAGUUGUGCCGCUAUGGAUACAGGAAUGACAGUGAAAUUUCCCAGCUGGUGGAGGAAAUGAAGGCAGCUAACAUUCCCUAUGAUGUCCAAUAUGUAGAUAUUGACCAUAUGGAACGGCAACUGGAUUUCACUCUUGGCGCACGCUUUCAGGGAUUACCAGCUCUAAUUAACAAAAUAAAAGCAGAAGGAAUGAGAUUCAUCAUUAUCCUGGAUCCAACUAUCUCUGGAAAUGAAACUGAUUAUCCUACGUUCUCGAGAGGUGUGGAAGACGAUGUCUUCAUCAAGUGGCCAAAUACCAAUGACAUUAUAUAUUCCAAGGUCUGGCCGUUUCUUCCCAACGUUACAGUCAAUGAGUCACUUCCUGAGCAAACUCAAAUACGGCUCUAUGGAGCACAUGCAGCUUUCCCAGACUUCUUACGCAAUUCCACAGUGGAGUGGUGGAAGAGAGAAAUCCUGGAGUUCUACGACAAUCCCCGUAACAACUCACAAAGUGUUAAGUUUGAUGGCCUGUGGAUUGACAUGAAUGAACCGGCAACUUUUUAUAAUGGCGCCCUUGAAGGCUGUAGAGAUGACCUCCUUAAUUACCCACCAUACAUUCCUCAUUUGGGAUACCGGUCAGAUGGUUUAAUUGUCAAAACUCCGUGCAUGGAAGGUGAGCAGCGUCUUCCGGAUGGUACCCCGGUUAGACACUAUGAUGUCCACAGUCUUUACGGAUGGUCACAAACAAAACCUACCCUCGACGCUUUGCAGAAUGCCACAAAGGAGCGCGGGAUUGUCAUCACCCGCUCAACAUAUCCCAGCAGUGGAAAAUGGGCUGGACAUUGGCUGGGCGAUAACAAGGCAGCUUGGGAUCAGCUGGCUAAAUCGAUUAUUGGUAUGAUGGAGUUCAGUCUCUUUGGAAUAUCUUAUACAGGAGCUGAUAUCUGUGGCUUCUUUAAUGACUCACAGUAUGAGUUGUGUCUUCGCUGGAUGCAGCUGGGUGCAUUUUACCCAUAUUCGAGGAAUCACAAUGAGAAAGGAACAAGAAGGCAAGAUCCUGUUUCCUGGGAUGCAACAUUUGAGAACAUUUCCAGGAAAGUGCUGAAUAUAAGAUACACUCUCUUACCCUAUUUUUAUACAUUAAUGUAUGACGCCCAUGCCCAUGGCAGCACUGUGAUCCGUCCCGUACUCCAUGAGUUUGUGACAGACAGAACAACAUGGGAUAUAUACGAACAAUUCCUUUGGGGACCUGCAAUUCUCAUCAGCCCUGUAAUGCAACCGAAUGCUGUAACAGUGGAUGCUUACAUACCUGAUGCCAUCUGGUAUGAUUACUACACAGAUACAAAUAUUGGUGUUAGGGGAAAAUCAGUAACUCUACCGGCACCUUUGGACCAUAUCAAUCUUCAUAUUCGAGGCGGUUACAUCCUCGCGUGGCAACAACCUGCUAAUACAACUUUUUACAGCCGGAAAAACCCAAUGGGACUUACUGUUGCUUUGAAUGAGUCUCAGUUGGCAGAAGGACAGCUUUAUUGGGAUGAUGGUGUUCGCAUAGAUGCAUAUGAAGACGGUGCAUAUCUGCUAACAUCAUUUACUGCUAAGCAGAAUGUUUUAGAUAUCACAGUUGUGCAUCAUGGUUACAAUGAUCCAAACAACUUAAUGUUUACUGAAAUUAAAGUGCUUGGCUUGAGCACAACUGUUGGGCACGUGGAUGUAUUGCAGAACGGUGGGACAAUUCCGUCAAGUCACAAGGUGAACUACGACAGCACCACCCAGGUCCUGAGAAUCACAGAUCUUCGACUUCAAUUAGGCCAAACCUACACAGUGCAAUGGAGUUAAAAUUCCUUCCAAAUAACAUUGGCCAUAUUGCUGAAUUUUUUCUUUGUUUUAAAACAGGCUUGAAAUGUUCAUACUGCUACUUUGUAACCUAAAAAUACUUUAUUCUGUAAAAACAUACAACUUACAUUCAGUUCAUAUCAAGGUAUCAUGUGUAUAAAAAAGACAUGGUUUAGUAUUGUUGAAGGCUAACUACAAGCUCUCCAUCUAAUGCAAAACUUAUGUUUUAAAUACUAUGGCACUUGUGUCAUAUUUAAAAACUGAAAUCUGAAUAUAAAAUUCUGUUUUCUUUAAGCAGAAUUUCUGGCUGACUUCAUGUUUGGUAAAUUUUGCAAACCAAGAUGCAGUUGGUAUUACCUGCAUGAAUUUGGGGCCAUAAUUCUUCCCAUAUUUAACUUCUAUCAUCUUAAUUUUAACUCUGCCAUUGUAAAUCACUAUUAUUGAGAAGUAUUUAAAUGCAGAUAAAUUAAUGUUCUUAGAUUAUACUUUUAGCAUGAAGCAGUGUUGCAACUUGUUCAACUAUAAAAUAUUAAGGUAUUUGCAGAAGUCAUGCAAAAUAUUUUGUAUGACUUCAGCCAGAACUUUGUGUUCCCCAGUGCUGAAGUUGCAAAAAAUAAACUUGAAGUUUCAAGGUUAACUAAUAAA